CAGUCAAAUAACAUCCAUAACCUCAAAUAACGGAACAUGGUGUCAGAAGACAAUUGGAAACGUUAGUUGGGCAUAAGUGAAAGGUUUCGGCGUCGGUGCCAGGUUAAAGGUCGGCCAUAGAGGAGCUGCGCGAAAAGAGACGUGGCGUCAUGAGUCAGUUUCAAGUCACCCCGCCGGAGAAGUUCACUUUUAGGUCCGACGACUGGACCAAAUGGAUAAAGCGUUUUGACAGAUUUCGCAUCGCGUCUGGAUUGGAGACGCAAGCGGACGAAAAUCAAGUGAACGCCCUUAUCUACACUAUGGGCGAGGAGGCAGAGGACAUAUUGGUAUCCCUGCACCUGACUCCCGAAGAGGCGAGCGAUUAUGAGACCGUUAAAAGGAGGUUGGAUGCUCACUUCGUAGCCCGAAGAAACAUCAUAUUUGAGCGAGCGAAGUUUAACCAGCGCCAACAAGAGACGGGUGAGUCAGUUGACAACUUCCAUACUGCACUGCAUUGUCUGGCAGAACAUUGUGGAUACGGGACUUUGCAUGACGAAAUGGUGCGAGACAGAUUUGUCGUGGGUCUGAAAGACAAACGAUUGUCAGAACAGCUACAAAUGGAUCCAGAACUAACGCUAGAGAAAGCGCUUAACAGAGCCCGACAAAGUGAGCUUGUAAAGAAGCAACAAGAGAUGCUAAGCACUAACUUUAAAAUGGAUAUUACCAACUCACAACUGAACCGCGUCCAUGCUAAACGGCAAGAAGGGGCACGUCCCAAGCAGCUGACACCGCUACAUAAACAAACCGCCAAAACACAGAAAGAAAAAAAUACACAAUGCAGAAGAUGUGGAGACAUAAAAGGUCACAAUCUUCAACAAUGCCCUGCGAGGGAAGCCGCAUGUAAUUACUGUAAGAAAAAAGGACAUUUUGCCAGGAUGUGCAGAAACAAAAAACUGUGUGAAGUCAAUGCUGCAACAGUUUCAGAGAACAGCGAUACAGAUGAUGAGGUCGCUUUCUUGGGUUCCCUCUCUGCGGACACCAAAGAGAGUCCAUGGGUAACAGAGAUACAUGUGGACAAAUGCAACACAUUCUUUAAAAUCGACACCGGAGCGGAUGUCACAGCAGUCCCAGAGACUUUCUACACACAGCAUCAGUUGGGGAGAUUGGAUAAGCCCAAAAUGGUUCUUCAGGGCCCAGGAGGAACACGUCUGAAGGUAAAAGGCAUGUUCACAGCCACUCUCAGCAAGAACAACCACAAAACCAAAGAAGACAUUUAUGUCGUAAAGGGUUUAUGCACACCGCUGCUGAGCGGGCAUGCUGCAGUGGCACUACAGCUGGUUGCUAGAGUUAAUCAUAUUAGCUUAGACUCUAUUGACGCUGUCAAACAAGAAUUCCCCAAGCUUUUCAACGGCUUAGGCAAAAUGGAGGGGGAGUACAAUAUUGUUCUGAAACCAGAGGCACAGCCGUUUUCCCUCUCGACCCCUAGGCGAAUCUCUCUUCCACUCUUACCAAAGGUUAAAGAAGAGCUGAACAGGAUGGAGCAGCAGGGUGUCAUUUCCAAGGUGGAGGAGCCCACUGAUUGGUGCGCGCCUAUGGUGGUGGUUCCUAAGCGCACAGGCAAAGUGAGAAUAUGCAGCGAUCUCACUGAACUAAACAAAUAUGUCAUGAGAGAGAAGCAUCCACUCCCUUCAGUAGAACACACACUAGGACAGCUUGCAGGAGCAAAAGUGUUUUCAAAGCUGGAUGCCAAUGCAGGAUUUUGGCAGAUUCCCUUAUCCAGGGACUCUUCUUUGCUCACGACCUUUAUUACACCUUUUGGUCGGUAUUGUUACAAUCGUCUGUGCUUUGGAAUCUCAUCAGCCCCAGAACACUUCCAGAAACGGAUGGCACGCAUUCUUGAGGGUUUAGAAGGAGUCCUCUGCCAGAUGGAUGAUGUGCUCAUCUGGGGGACGUCACAAGCAGAGCAUGAUGAGAGACUUCGAAAAGCACUGGUUCGACUGCAGGAGGCUGGAGUAACAUUGAACGACAAGUGUGAGUUCUCCAAGAACAGGAUAAAGUUCCUGGGGCAGGUCAUUGAGGCAUCGGGGGUUAGCGCAGAUCCUGACAAGACGCAUGCCGUGAGUUCCAUGGAUGAGCCCAGCAACAUAAGUGAGGUGAGACGCUUCCUGGGCAUGGUGAAUCACCUAGGAAAGUUUCUUCCUCACCUGGCGGAAAAAACGCGCCCCCUAAGAGAUCUACUGAAGAAGUCCAACCUGUGGUCAUGGGGGCCACAGCAGCAGCAGGCUUUCGACGGCAUCAAAAAAGAACUGACAACACCCCCAGGGCUUGCUCUGUAUGAUCCAAAUGCUGAAACGUGCGUAUCAGCUGAUUCAUCUUCGUAUGGCUUGGGAGCAGUGCUUCUCCAGCGGCACGCCGAUCUAGGGUGGAAACCAGUAGCAUACGCUUCAAAAGCUCUCAGCGCUACAGAGCAGCGAUAUGCUCAAAUUGAGAAAGAGGCCCUUGCUUCAACAUGGGCCUGUGAGAGAGACAUUGCAACAGCAGAUGUACUGUCCAGAGCUCCUGUAUGUGACACAACUGAGGGUUUGCCGGAGGAAGAAAUCAACUUGUAUGUGGAGUCCGUCAUAGCAAGCCUGCCAGCCACAGAGCCACGACUCAGAGAAAUCCAGACACAUCAGGACAAUGACAGCAUUCUAAGCCAACUGAAGAAGUUCUGUGUGGACGGAUGGCCAGAUAAGUACUCCAUCGGAAGGGUUUUCCAGCCUUAUCUGCCAUUUUCAGGUGACCUCACAGUCCACAAUGGUUUGCUUCUUUAUGGGAGCAGAAUAGUGAUUCCCACAUCGCUCAGAGCAGACAUUCUGUCUAAACUACAUGAGGGACACCUAGGAAUAACGAAAUGCAGAGAGAGAGCUAAACAAUCUGUUUGGUGGCCAGGCCUGAGCAGUGAGCUGAUAAAAGUGAUUGGGACCUGUGACACUUGCUGCCGUGAGCGGACUAACCACAAAGAAACCAUGCUACCUACCGAGUUCCCACAAAGACCGUGGGCCAUGGUGGGAACUGAUCUGUUCCAGAUAGAGAAUAAACAGUACCUGGUCAUUGUGGAUUACUUUUCCAGAUUCUUCGAAGUUGCCAAACUGACAUCUACAACAUCAGAGGCAGUGAUCGAGCACUGUAAAUCAAUCUUUGCACGUCAUGGCAUACCAGAGCGGGUUCGCUCUGAUAAUGGACCUCAGUUUUCGUCUGAUUCCUUCAAAAGAUUUGCACAAGAAUGGGGUUUUAGCCAUGAGACAUCCAGUCCCCACUUCCCUCAGAGCAAUGGGGAGGCCGAGAGGGCAGUCAGGACCAUCAAAAGUCUUCUUAAAAAGUCUGGCGAUCCCUAUCUCGCCCUUAUGGCAUACCGGGCCACUCCAUUGGCAAAUGGCUACAGCCCAACGGAGCUUCUCAUGGGUAGACGGAUAAGGACAACUAUUCCUGUCAUCCCAUCACAGCUACAUCCAAGAGGUACAGACACAGACAAGCUCAAAGCUAUAGAACAAUCGUACAGACAAAAGCAAAGACAAAACUACAACCGCAGACACAGAGCACAUGAUAUGCUACAGCUCAAUCCUGGAGACAAAGUGUGGGUCUCAGACAUGGAUACUAGAGGGACAGUCGUGUCCAUGGCAGGCUCACCGAGGUCCUACAUCAUCGAGACAGCAAAGGGCACGCUGAGAAGAAACCGUUACCAUCUUACAUGGACACAUGGGGCACCAGAGAUUUCUGGCGAUCCACCAGAGGCUUCACCUGAGAACUCUGUUCCAGCUGCACAGAUUGUGUCGGUUCCAGACACUAUCUCACAGGAGGCCAGCCAGCAGACUCCUGAAGCUGGGAGCCAAAUCCAACCCAGGUCUAGGAGGCCUCCAGCAUACCUAAAAGACUAUGUUUGCUCAUAG